UCUUCCGAAAAGAUGACUUUUUGACCGUCCUGACGGAAAAAAAAUAUGCGAUGUGCCUUUCCUCCCUCAUAGAAGUCACAGCUGUGCUAGUUAGUUGAACAGGUUAUCUCUUCUUAUACACACCCAUGUAUACAAACUAAAGAAUAUUCCGGAAUUUGCUUGACGAAGAUGGAACAUUGUUCGCAGUUCCGCCAUAAUUUUUGCACCAUGUGUACUAGAACUAUAAUACUCAUACUUUUUUGUUAUCCAAACCAAACUGAAAGUGCCGCCAAUGCCAAACUAAAAAUAACCGGUUACAACCGUUUGCCAUAUGGGUUAACCUAUUGUGAAAAAGACACUGAUUGUGAUGAAAAUGAGUUCUGUAGGUUCUACGCAGAUCUGUCCUACUGCCAUAUCUGUAUCGACUGUUAUGGUUACUACAGAAGAAAGGUCCCUGAAGGUGGGUGCGCUAAGAACAGAAGCUUGUGCAGUGACUGUAUUCCUGGUUAUAGGAUUAUACAGGGAGAAUGUGUUAAGGUUGGUUCUUCCACUCCGCUUUUAUCAACUUCUACUAGUUCUCCUGGAGAUUUGGCCAACCCUGAAACUAUGAAAAUAAUCCUGUCCUGUGUUGGCCUUGGCACAUUUCUAUUAGUAUGUGCAUGUGUGGGGUUGUUUUGUUGUUGGAAGAAGAACAAAAAGAGAGGAAAGCUUGAAAAUCAUCCAACUUAUGAAAACAAAGACGAAAAUGACUAUGUUCCUGUUAUGGUAAAAGAAAACGAACCUCCUACAAUCAGUCCUCACAACACUGAUCCUUCUGCUCCUUUGCUCAUUGAUCUUAAACCUCAAACUGAUAAUCUUCUCAAUGAUCAUCUUCUCAAUGAUCAACGUGAAAUUGAACAUGAAUCUCUAAGCCAAACUGUGGUCUUUAAUCGUCCAAUUUAUGAAAAUCCACAACUCAGAAAUUUUACUCAGAACAACGACCUUCCACUACCAAGAAAUCCUUCAACGGCAGUUGACAAUAAUGGCAGACGCAUUCAAGUUUGGAACCAGCCUAACUAUCAUGAGGAUAGAGCCAUCCGUCCUCGACCUAAUGCAAAUCUUGCCCCUCGAGAACCACUCCAAGAAGGUGGUCCUCUGUACCCAGAUCCUGUAUCAAGACGGGUUGGAAUGUCCGUCAAUCGUGAUCCCACCUCUAGGAUGGAUCCCGAAGCCGAACACAGGGUGGUUUCAAUGCCGGAUCAUAUGCCAAAUCCCAGGGCGGAUCCCUAGGGCGAAUCCCAGGGUGGAUCCCAGGACGGAUCCCAGGAUGGAUCCUAUGCCGAAUCCAGUUCCAAAUCCCUGGGCGGAUGCCAGACUGGAUCCUAUACCGAAUACCAUGCUGGAUUCUAUGCAGAAUCCCUGGCUUGAUCCUCUGCAGAACCCCAGGCUAGAUCCUAUGCCGAAUCCCAGGUUGGAUCCUAUGCAGAAUUCCAGGCUUGAUCCUCUGCAGAACCCCAGGCUAGAUCCUAUGCCGAAUCCCAGGCUGGAUCGUAUGCCAAAUCCCAGGCUGGAUCUAAGGGCGGAUCCCUCGGCAACUCCCAGGGCGGAUCCUAGGCCAGAACCCAUGCCGGAUCCAGAAACUGAUCCCAGGCCAAGUGCUAGGUCGCAUAGCGGACGAGGGAUAAUAGAUUUCAAUUGUCGCCUUGAAUUUCAGUUCUAGUCAUUCCUGAAACAUUUGCCAAACUUAACAUUUACAAUCUAUUUUUGAUUAUGCUCAUUGUGCAAAAAAAUUGUUAUAGUCUACUCUA